GUGUGCACCAAGAGUGCUUCCAACAUCGCCACCAUCCCUGCCAUCAGACACUCCAUUUAAUAGUACACCCCAAGCAUCCCAGGAGGAGACAACCCCAGAAAUAAGAGAACCACAGUUUCCUCGUAAUACACCAGCAACAAAUUCUAGCGUCUUCCCCGUGGAAACUCUUGCACCUGCCACCGUGGCGACUGAACCACCCCUCCCUUUUGAAACUAUGCCACCUAUUCAGAAUGGAACCCAAAGUCCAGUAGCCACCACAGAAAGCAUCAACUAUGGUGAGACCUUCCCAACAGAGACACAAACAGCCCCAGAGGAGCCAACCAUUCCGCCUGAUGCUGAACUUGAUGACUG